AUGCUGCUGGCGGUGUAUCUACAGUGUACCACACAGACAGCCGGUCCGGGUACUGGUUCUCCAUCUCCUCCAGCUCUGCAGCAGCAGCAGCAGCAGCAGCAGCAGCAGCAGCAGCAGCAGCAGCAGCGGCGGCGUGAGAAGCACGGAAGCACGCACUCGCGGUGCCGCACCACGCCCAACCAACGCAGCCCUCUCCAGCAGCAGCAGCAGCAGCGCAGCAGCAGCAGCAGCAGCAGCGCAGCAGCAGCAGCAGCGCAACAGCAGCAGCAACACAGCAGCAGCAGCACCACCACCACCGCAGCAGCAGCAGCAGCAGCACCACCACCGCAGCAGCAGCAGCAGCACCACCGCAGCAGCAGCAGCACCACCGCAGCAGCAGCACCACCACAACCGCAGCAGCAGCAGCAGCAGCACCGCAGCAGCAGCAGCAGCAGCAGCAGGAGGAGGCGGACCGUCUCUGAGGAGGAUGUCAUCUUGUGUUUUGUUGGCGUAGAGGAGAAAGAGUUGGGUGGGGUCGUUGUUAUUCUGCAGCACUUGCUGCAGCACUUGGAAGCAAGGAGUGAUGCCGCUGCCGCCGGCCAGCAGCCCCACCUUCCGCUUUUGCUGCUGCUGCCCGUUCACCACGAACUUCCCGCAGCCCAGGUACGUCAGCCGCCUGCAGCAGCAGCAGCAGCAGCAGCACAGCAGCAGCAGCAGCAGCAGCAGCAGCAGCACAGCAGCAGCAGCAGCAGCAGCAGCAGCAGCAGCAGCAGCAGCAGCAGCAGCAGCAGCAC